CACUGCUCAUGCGCGCUCCCGGGCCGCGCGCCAUCUUACUGAGGAUUGAGCUGGAAGCGGGAGCGGCGGCACCGGAACCUGGCUGCGUGGGGGCGCCCGGAGGAGCCGUCGCGCAGUCCCCGAGGCUGGCGAGGAUGGAGCACUACCGCAAGGCCGGCUCCGUGGAGCUCCCGGCAGCCUCCCCCAUCCCCCAGCUACCUCCCGACACCCUGGAGAUGAGAGUCCGAGACGGCAGCAAAAUCCGAAACCUGCUGGGGCUGGCGCUGGGCCGCUUGGAGGGCGGCGGCGCCAGGCACGUGGUGUUCUCGGGCUCCGGCCGCGCGGCGGGGAAGGCGGUGAGCUGUGCGGAGAUCGUCAAACGCCGGGUGCCGGGCCUGCACCAGCUCACCAAGCUGCGCUUCCUGCAGACUGAGGACAGCUGGGUGCCCACCUCCCCCGACACGGGUUUGGAUCCCCUCACCGUGCGCCGACACGUGCCCGCAGUGUGGGUGCUGCUCAGCCGGGACCCCCUGGACCCCGGCGAGUGUGGCUACCAGCCCCCAGGGGCACCCCCUGGCCUGGGCUCCACGCCUGGUCCUGGCUCUGGCCCCCGACCGCGGAGAAGACCUAGAGACACCAGAUCCUGAGGGUCCUGCUGACCUGGGGCUGUUCUCUCGGCCACACGUUGUGCUGUGAGGUUCGUGCCACAGAAGGGCGUCCCUGGCGAGACUCUGGUCGCUGCUGGCCUCUGGAUUGCUGGAGAAGAGC